AUGUACGCUGAGAAGACCAAGUCUCCCGAUGGCGCUCUGAAUGCAAAGCUACGGGCCACGUCAAGCUACAGUCCCGUCUUUGAGCUCAUUGACCUUGAACCAUCUAUCCGGCGUAUCAAUGGCACUGUGUCUUUUCCAGAAAAUCCAAGCAUAGCCCGCCAAUUUCCAAAUACACAAGCCGAUGCGCAAUGGGAAGAUGACAUCGACUUGCUAAGACCUAUUCCCAUCACGCGUGAGCAGAUUAUCAUGAUGGGCAAGGAUCCAGAGACUGUUGCAAAGCUCGAAGACAAGGACUGGGGCUUGGGCGACAACGCAUACGUCGCUGCCCUGGACAUUUUCCACAAUUUGCACUGCUUGAAUACGUUGAGGAGAGCCGCGUACGGAGCGUACUACAACAUCUCCAUGGAUGCUAAAAACCGCGCGGGCCAUGAGGAAGGUCACCUCAACCACUGUGCGGACAUUCUCUUUCAGCAUAUAUCUUGCAGUAAUAACCUGAAUCUUGUGACUCGAAAUUGGAGGGAAGGGGCAGAGUACCCGUUCCCCGACUUUUCUAUUAAUAAAUACUGCAUCAACUAUGAAAAGUUGCUUGUCUGGCACAAGGAAGUGGGACUUGACAUUGACAAUUAUAUUGCUACGAUGAAAAAGCCAAAGGGUGUGAAAGAAAAGAGUGCGAAAAGUCUGUAG